GGGACUUUAGGCACUUGUUCUUUAGAUAGUAAGGAGAGGGACAUUAUCUUUGCAUGAGUGCAAAUGACCAGAAAUUGUAUUCCAAUGUUUAGUUAACAUGUCAUCAUACUGUUGAAGCCUUCAAAUAAUCUUCAGAGAGUGAGUUUGUUUCCUACUGUGAGUGCUGCCUGACCAGGAGAGGGAGCCCUUUUUGCCUUACAGGCUUGACAGCUAUUGGGGGGGUUGACACUGGCUCUGCCCCUUCGCCCUCGUUGGUCUUCCCUGGAGCAUGCCCAUAUCCCACCAUGCACCUGCUGGCGAGCGGCUGGCUACUGCGCCAUUCGGUGGUCAUGUGUCUGCUGCUGCACAGCGUGGUGCUGAUGACCUGCUUCCACCACGCCGCCACCAGCUGCUCCCAGGGCUGCUACUGCUCUGAGAGCGACGGCCGUGGAAAGACGGUGCGCUGCAGCAACCUGCGUCUCACGGAGAUCCCCCAGGACCUACCCAAUGACACACGGCACAUCUACCUGGACUUCAACCUGCUCACCGAGGUCCCCAGCAAUGCUUUCCAGGGUCUGCCCCUGCUCAGCGAGCUGGACCUCUCCAACAACGAGCUGGCCAAGCUGGAGCGAGGGGCCUUCAGGAGCCUGGGGCCCUCGCUCACCUUCCUGGACUUGUCUUCCAACAAAUUGGUCAACAUUAACCCUGAGGCCUUCGAGGGGCUGCGGGCGCGCGCCAACCUGACCAAUAACCCGUGGCACUGCGACUGCAGCCUGCAGAUGUCCAUGCCCCACAUUGACCUGGAGCCCCUCUCGCUGACGGGCAUCGUGUGCGAGACGUCGGAUCCGCCCAACGUGGGGGCGGAGGGUGUGCCCUUCCUGCUGGCCCAGGACCUGGACCUGUGCGUGGUGAUGAAGAAGACCACGGAUGUGGCCAUGCUGGUCACCAUGUUCGGCUGGUUCACCAUGGUCAUCUCCUACCUGGUCUACUACGUUCGGCACAACACUGAGGACGCCCGCCGCCACCUGGAGUACCUCAAGUCUCUGCCCACCAAGCCGGGCCCGUCCGAGGCCUCUUCUACCGUCAGCACUAUGGUAUAGCCCAGGACCAGGAGAACCCAGAGGGGAGCUUAGGCUGGAGGGCUAAGUCUGCCAGAGGAGGUGGUUAUUAUAGGGACGUAACCUGGCUGCACCCACACUUCAGGCCAUUCAGUGCCAGCCAAGGAGAGUUCUGUCUGGCUUUUAGUUGGGUGCCACAGCGGCACUAGGAUUUGUGUCCAUAUAUGCAGGAAGCCCAUCCAGACCUGGGCACCGUACGUAACCCAGAUUAAUAAUUGAACCAGGAGUGGGCCAUUAUCAAAAUGGGGCCUGUGAAGGGUCCUUUGGCCACAUCAAACAGCACAACAGGAUAGCAACACACACUAUGAACAACUCUGUCACUCCAUGUACAAUUAUUGUUUUCCAUACAACAUCCAUAUAGUAUACGCAGUCUAUAAACGGUGAAAUGUAGUUCUUUACAA